AUGUCUAAAUACCAGCAGCUUGGAUCUAGACGACAAGCAUGCUGUCAGCGUUGGCUGUCAAGCAGUGCUCAUGUCAACAGCUCCACAGUGGCCCCGUCCCAGCUGCUGCGAUAUGCUCUAAGCGGAAAUCCUAAAAAUGCAACAACAAAAACGACAGGGUCGAAACUGGACAAAGAGCUGGAAUUAGUCUUGUCGCAACAGCACUUUGAUUUUAGGAAACGGCAACAGAAACAGAAGAAAAUGCGUCUAAUUUCGUUGCCAGGUGCGCAACCGCCGCCUACUACAGACUUGCGCAGGGUAGCCAAUUUACACGAACUGCAAUUAUGGUUUGAGCAGCACGCAAGUGCUGACUUUAAACUACCGCUCAAGGCAAAGGAACUUAAGGAUGCUCUUCUCCACUGCGAGAAAUUACAUUCCUCUCUUGAGAUCCUGUCAGUGUUGAACGCCAUUAUCACAAGACGCAGAUCUACGGGAGUCAAAAUUGGUUCAGCGCUGUGUAUUGCUGGAUUGUACUAUUCAUCCCAAAGCUUUUCUCCUUCUGCUUUUCGCUUUUAUUUGACGGCAUUGGAGGCCCCGUUGAAACCGAGAGAUUCGGAAAAUGUUAUUCUGUGUCUUCUCAAGACCCUACGAACCAUCCGACUUACCAACCCUACCUACGAUACGCGUCCGGUUUUAGAGCUUGUGGCAGGGGAAAACCAAGAGAAUGCAAGCUCUGACAAAAAGAGGCUAAUUGACAUGGUUGAAUUGGAUGAUGGACUACAUUCAUCCUUGAUUGAAUUACUGCUUGAAUUGGGCGCAACGAAGUCUCAUGAAAGGGUAUGGGGUUAUCUUAUAUAUCGGAUCGACCUUAUAAAGCGAAUCGUGGGCACUCCCUCUUCAAAGAUUAUUGAUGAUGCCUACAGAUGUAUCUUGGUGUUUUUCAAAACAGGCAUGAUGGAAUUCGCCACUUCUUGUUUGGAACAAAUAUCAGAAAAGGCUAAAAAACUUCCGCCAUCCCUACACCUAUCAUCAGAGCUAGCUGCCAUUUUGAAUGGAUAUGGAUUAGAAGUUCCCACUUUUAUCGACGAGCAAACCAGUCAAAUGGACGGUCUAUCUCUGGACUACGAUAUUGCAUCUACAGAUAAUCUACGGCUGGAUAGUGACAUGGUUAAUUUCUCUAUAGUGGAGAGUCUACUCGCCCGUAUUGGACAACAUGGCGCAUCUACCUCGGCAUCGCAGAUUGCUCUAGUCAUUGACGCCCUCAAUGAUUGUGAAGGGGCGACAAUUCCCCUAUUUAUUCAAUCAGUAGAAGACCGAACCUUUGAAUUUGCCUGGGCCCCUCGAUGGAUUCCCGUGCUCUCACCCUUGGAGUCUAUCUCCUUCACUCGAACUUUGGGUCUACUUCGAGCUCAGAUUGCAACCCGGAAAAUCUUGAUUAGUUCAGAGCGAUCUCGAAGCCUCAUACAACUGGGUCAUCUUGUUCAACGAGAGCUUCCUUCCGGCGGCUUAAUGAAUCAGAAAGAUUGGUCUAGUUCAUGGGGGAAAACCGGAUACCUUGUUGUGUUUGACCGUGUCUCCGCAGAGUAUCUGGUCAUCUAUAUGGGAGAGAAUUUCAAACUGAUAGACCCGGAAUAUCAGCCGCAUCCUGAAGGAGAAGAUAAAGAAGAAUGCUCUUCUAACAUUUUUGAACAGCAUCCAGUGCUUGGCUCACUUUCGAGUUUGCUCAUGCCUACCAAUGCUCAGGACUUGACCCGGGAUAUCGCCAAUGUUGUUCUUCCGGUGGAGAAUGCUGCUGACCAUUAUUUCAUUGACCUUGACUCUGGUAACGGUUUGCAGCCUUGA